GAGGAAGACAGAGGCCGAGGAGACUACGUCAGCAGCGACCAGCCGCAGGAUGGAGUGGCGAGGUCAUCGCCGGAUGAGGUGAUUGCAGUGCUAGACACCGGAUGCAACAACACAUGCCAUGGAGAUCGUUGGAUGGAGAAGUACAUGGCCGUGCUCGGAGCGCAACCUAUGGCGGAGGAAUGUUUCAUACCAGACUGCAAGACCAUACCGAUGUCUAUGGCAACGUUGGACGGAGAGUGGGUUCCAGGAAGCAUCGUGUCCGUGGAAUUGGCCAACUCAGAUGCCCCGCUUCUUUUGAACCCUCACGAGCAGAAGCGACUUGGUCUAGUGAUUGACACGGCUGCAGGAACUGUCUACAAGAAGCUUGAGCUGAUUAAUUAA